UCCCCAUCGUCGACACUCGACAGCCUCCGCCGCACGUUCACAGUUCACACACACAGGCACAGCUCGCAGCAUCCAGCUCCCGUCGAGCUCACUCGCUCACUCCAGUCCAGUCUCUAUCUACCUAUCUACUUCGGUUCAGGAUCUCGAUUCCCCGCGCGCCUUCUGCCAACGAGAUGGCCGUGCUGUGGAAGGGUUCGUCGUCUUCGCCCUGUGACUGGCCGGAGGCGACGGUGACCACCGUCAGCGACGCCGACGACGACGCGGCGGCGGCGGCGGAGCUGCGGCGGGGGCCGUGGACGGUGGAGGAGGACGCGGUCCUGGCGGGCCACGUGGCCGCGCACGGCGAGGGGCGGUGGAACGAGCUGGCGUGCGCCGCGGGGCUCAGGCGCACCGGCAAGAGCUGCCGCCUGCGCUGGCUCAACUACCUCCGCCCCGGCGUGCGCCGCGGGGGCUUCACCCCGCGGGAGCAGCUGCUCGUCCUCGACCUCCACUCCCGCUGGGGCAACCGCUGGUCCAGGAUCGCCGCGCACCUGCCGGGCCGCACGGAUAACGAGGUCAAGAACUACUGGCGCACGCGGGUGCAGAAGCACGCCAGGCAGCUGGGCUGCGCCGUCGGCAGCCGCCAGUUCAACGACGCCGUGAGGAACCUCUGGGUGCCGCGCCUGCUCGAGAGGAUCCACGCCGACGACUCAGCAGCAGCAGCCGCCGCCGAUGCCGAUGCCGAUGCCUCUCGCUGCUGCUACUCCGCGAGCCCAUCGCACGAUGAGCUGUCGUCGUCCCACCCGGCGCACCGAAACGCUGCGCCCAUCACGGGCGACGACUGCGCGCGCGCACCGUCCCCGGACGUGUCCAGUGUCGUCACUGGGUCCUCGUGGUCACGGGAGGCGUCCCCCACGUCGCAGUUGUUCAAGUCGAGCAGUUCGACCGUGGAGGGAUGCUCUACUUCUACCGAGACCGAGCAGUGCCAGAACGGAUGCUCCUCGAGCGCGACGAGCGUUGACAUGUUCGACGAGAGCUGGUCGGAGCUUCUUGCUCGCGCCAUCCAUGACGACGACGCGGAAUUCGGAUCGGGAGAAACCGGAGACAGCUGGUGGAGUUUGGAGGACAUCUGGGAGCAACCGCUCUACUGAUCGAUCCAUACUUUUCUACUACGUAUGGUCCGGCGGCCUGAGACAAAUGACUCAAUCAUUUGAGGUGUUAUGCGAUUGACGAUUGAUUGAUAAGAGAAGCUAACAAAUAAACAUGAUUUAAUUGAAUGUUUUGCUGUAAACCUUUUUUUCUUGUUCUGAAAACACUUAGCGAGUCUCCUCCCUCCUACUUUGGUUUUUGGACGCUGUUUCUUCUGAACACAGUUUUCAGCCUGUAGUGGGUUUAACGGCGCCUCUACAAACAUAUGCUAAGCACGACAAUGUAUCCGGCCGGCUGUUAUGUUC